AGAGAGAGAGGGAGCUGUACCAGGGAAAAAUUGUCAAGACAAAGGACUGAACAGUCUUUAGGGAAACAGCGGAGAGUACAUUGAGUUUUUAUACCGGUUUAUGGUAGCCGAGCUGUGACACUAGCGGCGGGAAGCGGCCAGGGGUUAUUCGGGCACCCGUCACUGCUGGGCAUCACAUCUCCCUUGUUGUCUGCUCCAGUGGAAGUGAGGCUUCAUGGUCAGCAGCCUGGUGAUGGAAAGAACUGCACAGCUAUAAGCUCGGUGACUGGAUGGAAAGAGCUGUCAGCGCGCUCGCAGAAGAUGGAGGAAGUGGAAAUGCACAGACAGCAGCGGCAGUUUGAUUGACGACACCGCUGUGGUGUUGUUGGAGGAGCGAUCUUUCAUUUGGGAUCACCUGGAGUAUCUUUGUUGUGAGACUUCUGCUGGCAAUCCAGUGUGGAGUUCCAGUUUUUCCCCCCCUUCCUGCUGACCUGUUUUCACAUCUCUCCUUCAGAGCGAGCAGGUGUUGCUGUGUUAAACAGCCACAGGUCUCCAAUUUACCUCGCAACCCCCUCCCCUCCCUCGACCGUACACAGAGACACACAAGCUCCUCUCUUCCAAGCGGCUGAGAGGUUGCUAUGGCAAUGGUUGUCAUGAUGCUGAUGUAGCGUCCUGAAGGUGGUAGUUGUGGAGGUAGUGGUGGAGCCGGAGGAGGUGGUGCCGGCGGCGGCGGCGGUGGUGGUGGUGGUGAACGUCCAGGGAUGGGAAGCGCUCCGUAUCCAGCCGGUGAGUGGAAGGGGAAGGGGCGAGGCGGCCUGCAGGAGCUGGGCUGCAUGCGCUGGAAGGUCGGCAAGCAGAAAGGAGGAGGAGGGGGAGGAGGAGGAGGGGAGGUGGUGGUGGUGGGAGCGGAGGAGAGGAGGUCCAGGGAUCCCACGGACUCGCAACAGCAGCAACAGCAGGAUCUCUCAUCCUCCUCUUCCUCCCUCACCCCCCCACCGCCUCCUCAACCCUCUCUGACACCUCCGGCCAUUUAUCAUGAGAAGCAGCGGAGGGAGCUGUGCGCCCUGCACGCGCUCAAUAACGUCUUCCAGGACGGGACAGCCUUCAGUAGGGACACCCUGCAGGAGAUAUUCCAGAGGCUUUCUCCCAGCACUCUGGUGACACCUCACAAGAAGAGCAUGCUGGGAAAUGGGAACUAUGACGUAAAUGUCAUUAUGGCAGCCCUGCAGACCCGAGGGUUUGAGGCAGUUUGGUGGGAUAAAAGAAGGGAUGUAGGCAGCAUCGAGCUGUCCAACGUGACGGGCUUCAUUCUGAACGUGCCAUCCAACCUGCGCUGGGGGCCUCUCCGGCUGCCGCUCAAACGCCAGCACUGGAUAGGAGUCAGAGAGGUGGGAGGGGUCUACUACAACCUGGACUCUAAGCUGCGUAGCCCUCAACCCAUCGGCAACCCGGAUGAGCUCAGGAAGUUUCUCCGCCAGCAGCUGCGAGGGAAGAACUGUGAACUCCUAUUGGUCGUCUCGGAGGAAGUGGAGGCACACCAAACAUGGCGGUCUGAUGGCUAAGGGUUUAACCAGCCGAUCACAGCGCCACCUGGGCCAACGGGCCGAUGACAGAGGAAGUAGAAGAAGUUGUGCGCAGCCAAUCACAUGGAUGCACACUUGCAGAUGUAUUUUUUCCCACCUUUUUGGGUUUUGUUUACACAACCAUUGCUGGACUCGUUUCUGAUAAGAGGCAAAGCAAUGAGGGAGGCAAACACUUUACAGGGAGAAUCAACGAAUCACAGUCCUUUACUCACAACACAGUUAAGACUUAUAAAAAGUUACUAUUCUGUUUCUGCUAUUCUUGUGUUUUUAUAUAUAUUGACUAUUUUUCAAUGUCAGUUUUGAUCUGUUUAUUAUUAUUUUUUUCCUUUUUACUGUUCAGAUUUCCAAAGUCAUAGGAUAUCAGGCUUUAUGAAAAAUGCUGUGUUUAUCUGCCUGUCUCCCUGUGAUGAGUGAUCCUCCCUGCUUCAACCAAGAUGUUCACUGAUCUUCUGUCUUUGUGUUUCUGUCCCUCCCGUCAUGUCGUGAAUCUCUCACUAUCCGUAUCCACCGUCCUUCACUUUCACCAAAGCGUGCCCUUCCUUGCCUCAGCGUGACUCCGCUCACUCCUCCUCUCGGUCCCUUCUACGUGUCACGAGUCAAAAUCGGUGAUUUAUCACAUUGCCAACUUUGUAUUUCAUCCACUUCCCAAACUCUUCUGGCACAGUCUGAGCCUAUACUGUACAGAGGCUGUGCUGACACAACAGUUUUAUAUGCAACAAAGCAAUGCAACACUCGGGCCAAGCACUCCCUCUAGCGGAUGUUUGCCUCAGUUUCCUUUCAAGGAAGAAGUAAUGGCAUCAUUCAUCCAGUUGUUUUUUUUUUUAUAUAGAGUGCUAGUCAUCGAGGAAGUAUUGCAAUAGUAACAAUUAUCAUCUUUCAGUAGAAUUAUACUGAAUUAUGAUAUAAUAUUGAUCAAAUUACGAUGAUAAGGAAACCUGUUGUCUGAAUUAUUUAUAAAAUCAAACUCAAAAUAUAAUAUUACAGAAAUUGGCCAUUCAUCUGCAAAGUCAGAGCAUCACAGUUCAUGUUUGACUUUGGAAAAGCAGUCAACAAACCCAUCUCAACUCGGUCUGCUUGUUCUGGAGCUUUCAGCUGCAUCACACAGUUCUCAGACAUCAGAAGAUUAAGUGAUGUUCAACUUUUGAGUAGUGCUAAAACUUUAUUAACUAGUGCGAGUGUGUCAUUUUCUCAACAAAUAUUGGGUUUUGGACUGUGAGUCAGACAAAACAACGAAUUUAAACAUGGAAACUUGAGCUCUGAGGAAUUGUGAUCGACAUUUUUCUAGAACUUUCCACUUCCUACUUUCCAUACGGUUCUAAGACAAAUUUAAUCUGCUGAUGAGGGCUGUGUGAUUCAAAAGUCAAGUCAAAAGCUCCAGGACAAGUGAGCAAGUGAUCGUUUAGAUGGUUAAUAAUAAUCGAAAUAAUUAAUGAGUUACUGUUACAGUCGUCUCAUCGAUAAAGAAAUAUUUUGUAUUUGCCCAUAUCAAGCACUCUUGUUUAAUUAGAGUCACAAUAAUUGUUGCUUAGUGGUAAAAUGACACCACACAGAAUAAGGGACGAUACUUCCAUUGUUUAUUCAUUGUCUUAUUUUCUCUCCGGCUCCACUCUGGUUCAAAGGGUCACCACCACAGCAGCCCUCUGUAGCACAGGAGCUCAGCUGAUGCAGGGCUCUUCUUCUUCUUCUUCUUCUUCUUCUUCUUCUUCUUCUUCUUCUUCUUCUUCUUCUUCGUCUUCGUCUUCCGUCGUCGUCGUCUUCGUC